AUGAUUCCGAGGUACGCGUACGGGAUCGCGGUCCUCCUCGGGGCGGAUCAAGCCAUCGCCAGCACCACGCCAACCGGCAUUCGUGCCGUACCAUGGGCGACGCCACACUCUCACAACAGAAUGAUUGAUCAAGCUCACCAUUUGCUGAUGCAGGCACGUGUCCGUGAUCUCUGCGAGUACGCGACGAGUAGUUAUCCCAUUUUCCAAACGGGCUGUCGCAAAGAGGCCCGCGUCGCACCGGACAACACGGCUCGGCCGAUCCCAUACGGAACGGUGCGACCUUCCGCCCACGCAGAUACAACCCCAAAGCUCUCCCGUCGACUACUCGACUCCGACGAGGCCUUUCGUUGGGAUUGGACCAGUCUAAUUCUCGCCUUUCUCUGUGUCUUGUGUGCCGCCUUUUGCGCUGGUCUCAUUAUGGGUAUUCUCAGUCUCGACGAGCUCCAACUCCACAUUAAAAUUCGGGCGGGAUCCGAUCCGGAAGAACAACGCUACGCCAACCGGCUUUUGCCACUCGUGCAACAACGUCAUUUGGUUCUGGUGUCGCUCUUGCUUCUCAACUUUCUGGCCGACGAAGUUUUGCCACUCUGUCUCGACAACGUCAUGCCGACCUGGAUGGCCGUCUUGACGUCCGUCGUCCUCGUCGUUUUUGUUUCGGAAAUCAUUCCCUCCGCCGUCUUUAUCGGACCCGAUCAGUUGCGCUUGGCGAGUCAGAUUUCACCCUUCGCCUACGCCGUCAUUUAUCUAUUCUAUCCCAUUGCCUAUCCUAUAGCACUGCUCCUCGACUAUCUCCUCAAAGGUGAAGACGAACUCGGCAACCAGUACAAUCGGGGCGAACUCUCCGCACUGGUACGAAUCCAGUACGAAGGCCGCCUGGCGGCCAAGCGCCGGGAACUCAAGGAACGACGCAUGGAACAGGGGAUUGCGGGGCUGGACGACGACGAGUCCCAAUUAUCCGAUAUUCCACCCUCGAUUACCUUCCAGCACGACACGCAUUCUAUUCAGACUACCGAAGUCAACAUGAUGCAAGGCGCACUGGCCUUGAAAACCACCAACGCUCGCGACGUGUGUACCAAAAUUCGGAAAGCUUACACCGUCAUUGACAGUAUGGUGUUGGACAGUGGCAAUGUGGCCCGUAUUUAUGGAGUGGGUUAUAGCCGCGUCCCCGUCUAUCAACGCAACCAGCGGAGACCGAGAGAUAUCACCGGCAUUGUUGGUAUUCUACUAACCCGACAACUAAUCUUGAUUCAGCCCGAACACCGCCGACCCGUCUCGUCGUUGCCUCUGUACCAGCCCGUGUGUGUUGGACCGGAAGCCAACAUGAUCGAAUUGCUACAAAUGUUUCAGGGGGGCAGUGCCGGGAACAAAGGUGGGCACAUGGCCCUCGUGUGUGAGCGUCCGGGGAUCGCGACAACCGCCCUGGACCAGAAAAAGGCCAUUCCUCCGGAAGCCGGCGUCAUUGGUAUCAUUACCAUGGAAGACGUAAUUGAAGAAUUGUUGCAGGAACCAAUUUACGAUGAAGGCGACCGAGAAGAACGGGAAGAAAUGGAAAGAGCCGAGUGGGCCUUUCGCAAAUGGCGUUUGUUUGUCAAACUCCGGCGUCGCCAGCGCGAGCUCUUGACAGAAUUAGAAAGCACUGAAGGCACGCCCUUACUGACCAACCACAAAAUGUACAAUACUUCGACCAUUUUCCGGCCGGAAUAACCUAAACCUAGUUGCUAGAGA